GUCCAGGGAGUCCGUUCCCCACCGUGCAACCCCUCACUCGCCCGAAGACGGAGAUGAAAUCUCCUUGUCGGCGAAAUGGGCUGCGAGUGUUGAUGUCCCGGCCAAGGUCCCGGCCAGUCCAAAUACAUAAUCUCCUCAAAUCCAAUUGGUCCUGGAAAGAAUAACCUUUUUACACAGGCUUGUCAUCGUCCCUCGAUUCUCUGUGUGUGCCACCUUAGCCUGGUACAAGGAGAGAUCUUCACUCACCCCUUACCGACCUAUUCCGUCAUCCGCAGUGGCUUACACACCCCAUCGGCUAAGGCUGCUUGGGGCGGCUUCUGGAAUGCCCCGCAGCACCCCCUCCAUCUCCUCGCCCUCCAAGCGGCUUUCUCUCAUCUCGAGCCACUUCGCCGACCAGCAACCCCUUGAUAUACCGUCUGGCACUGCCCUGCUUCCAAAGUCACAGGCCCGUAAACUGUCCAAGUCUGCCAUCAUGUCUUCCCAACCAGACCAUCCAACACUGCUCAUUCCGGGGCCAAUUGAGUUCGACGAUGCUGUCCUACAGUCGAUGAGUCAUUACAGCGAGAGCCAUGUCGGGCCCGGUUUCGUCGCGACUUUUGGAGACACGCUCUCCAUGCUCCGGAAGCUAUUCCAGACAAGCGACCCUGCCGCGCAACCCUUCAUCAUCUCUGGCUCCGGCACACUUGGUUGGGAUAUCGUAGCUGCGAACCUGGUCGAGGCUGGCGAGGAUGUCUUGGUCCUUAGCACCGGGUACUUCAGUGACGGGUUCGCCGAUUGCUUGAAGGUGUACGGGGCCAACGUGACAGAGCUCAGGGGCCCUGUUGGGGGCCGGCCCCAACUCCCAGAGAUUGAGAAGGCCUUGUCUGAGAAGAAAUACAAAAUGAUCACCGUCACCCACGUCGACACCUCCACGGGUGUGCUGAGUGAGCUGGAGAACCUCUCAGCCCUGGUCCGCAAGGUGUCUCCGGACACCUUGAUUAUCGUCGAUGGAGUCUGCAGUGUUGCAUGCGAAGAGAUUGCGUUCGACAAGUGGCAGCUCGACGGUGUCGUCACUGCCAGCCAAAAGGCCAUCGGCUGCCCAGCCGGUUUGUCGAUAUCCAUGUUCAGCGGCCGGGCCAUGAACGCACUCCAGAACCGCAAAUCCCCACCAUCGUCGUACUUUGCGUCGAUGAAGAACUGGGCUCCAAUUAUGCGAAACUAUGAGGCCAAGAAGCCGUCCUACUUCGCAACUCCCUCGCCGCAGCUGGUUCACGCUCUUCACACUGCAUUGACCCAGAUCCUCUCCAAACCUGUCUCGGACAGGUUCGCGCGGCACAAGGAGGCGUCAGACAGGAUCAAGAAGGCGGUGGCGGAACUGGGUCUAAAGCAAGUUGCUGCAGACCCCGAAAACCAGGCUCAUGGCAUGACCGCCAUCUACCUCCCCGAGAAUGUCAAGGCUCCCGAGUUACUGCCGAAACUGGCCCAGAAAAAGGUUGUCUUUGCGGGCGGCAUCCAUAAGGAAAUCGCGCCAAAGUAUAUUCGUUUCGGACACAUGGGUGUCAGCGUGCUAAAUCCCGAGAGGGGUGAUGUUGAAAGGGCUCUCGAAGCCCUGCGCGAUAGCCUCGCGGAGUGUGGAUAUCAGAAGGCAUAGGAUGGUAUUGAGACUAGUGGCCGGUACUAGAGUCAGUUACUGUUGCGGACGAAGGUCACAACAUGCCCAAGGAUCUACAUUUCAUUCGAUUCCGGGCCAGGCAUUAGAAGUUUCUAGAUAGAGGCAACUAAGUACCCAAUGAGUAGAAGAUGAUCAUCCACACCACAAAGGCCCUCUUGCAUCAUAGGCAAUUAUAGAAGAUGGUGCGCUCAGCCUGUUGGAAUCGUAGAGGAUGCCAAGUAUGAUACAAGC